AUGCGCGGGAACGACGACCAAGAACCAUUCUUACCUUCUGUCGAGGAAGUCCUGCUGCCCCGACACUCAACUCUGGCUACGACCGCUUACUUUGCAUGGAAUCUAAUUGCGACUGCUUCCAUCCUGUUAUCGAUCAUCCUCACAGCCAACAUUCUUUCCUCUCCGAAGACGCCAACGCAGCGCACGGAAGAAAUUAAAAUUCCAGACCUGCCUUUGAAGCAAUUGCGGUUCUCUGGGUCGUUGAAGUAUCACGAUGAUGGCAGUCUGUACCUAGACCGCCCGUCCAAGGGUCCAGAGUACGUUGGGAAUACGACUGCGGUGUCACAUGCCUGGGAGAUGUUCGAGAGUGCACAAACUGUUAAGCUUGACCCAUCGGAAGUUGACGGAGAAGGGCUGUACCGUGAUGAAAACGGAAAUAUCAUUACCAUACUUGACUCAUUUCAUCAGUUACAUUGCCUGAACCAGAUACGAGAAGCGCUCUACAACAACGGCAUUCAGGAGAGCUCAGACCUACAGUCUUAUAAGCGGCGACUCCACAUUGAGCAUUGUGUGGACUAUAUUCGACAGGCAAUUCAGUGUACUGCCGACGUCACGCCUUUGAAGCUGUACUAUAGCGAGCCUGCACAGAGGAUGGGCAUGGCAGCACCAUAUAUUUAG